AGGCGCACGACUGCUCAAGGAGCUACGACGUCGUGACCGAAGCAUGCACAUUCACAGGCAGCGUUGCGACAUGAUUACGGCGUUACUGCACGCACUUUCGCAGAAGCGUCGUCAGGACACGCGGAUGCGUUUCUCGGUGGUCCCUGCCCCAGGCGACUCAGGUUUCUGCCAGUGGCACAGUGCCAUGACCAUGUGUGCCAGACUGCCAGAGGGCAUCCCGGCAGAGUUCAGGAAGAGAUUGUGGCUGACGUUGGCAGAGCAUCAACUACGAGCGCGACAAAUUGACUGGCCGGAGGUGGAACGACGUUGCUUCAAUGAACGUACCAACCCUGACGACGACGAGCUCGGUGACCAGAUCGUCAAGGAUCUGCACCGCACCGGCUGCUCGCUCUUCACCGGCGACGACGCGACCGCUAACCAAGCGAUGCUGAAACGCGUGCUGCUGGCCUACAGCCGCUGGAACAAAGCAGUGGGAUACUGCCAAGGCUUUAACAUGUUGGCCGCCAUCAUCCUCGAGGAGGUCGACAAGAAUGAGAGUCAUGCCUUGAAAGUGAUGAUCUACCUCAUCGAGGGGGUUCUGCCGGAAAGUUAUUUCGCGAAUAACUUGCGUGGCUUGUCGGUUGACAUGGCCGUCUUCCGGGACCUUCUUCGGAUGAGGUUGCCGACCUUGUCCAGACACCUCGACUACCUCAGACAAAAUGCGGCCGACUCGUCCACGGGAACGUGUUACGAACCCCCGUUGACGAACGUAUUUACAAUGCAGUGGUUCUUGACGUUGUUCAGCAACUGCCUGCCUAAGGGGACGGUCAUGAGAGUCUGGGACUUGACAUUCCUGCAAGGCAAUGAAGUCCUGCUCAGAACGGCUCUCGCACUCUGGGACAGACUUGCUCCACGCAUCCUUGCAGUGCAGUCAGCGGACGAAUUCUACACAGAAAUGGCCGGCCUCACGAGGGAAAUGCUUUCGUCACCCUCAACCAUCCCUCCUAAUUCCCUCGUGCAAAGCAUCGUUGGAAUGGCUCCGUUUCCGCUACCGGGAUUAACGGAACUGAGGGACCGGUACGCGUAUAACAUCACGCCAUGGUCACUGGCCGUGCCCUCUGUCUCGUCGGUCUCGUCUGUCUCGUCUGCGGCCCGACGGCGCCUCCAUUUACUGUACGAUGACGAAGAAGAGAGCGGAGACGAUGAUGACGAUUCUACCAACGAGAAGGUGGCCAUUGCUGCCGCCUUUGGAUUAUCUGGAAUUUUUAGAAAAAGUUCGAACGACUCGAGCGGACCUCGACCGCUCAACCUCCGAGCCACGCAAGCGGAAUCUUCGUCGCGCCCAAACCUGGACAUCUCGGCUCUAAAGAAGCAAUACGCCAGGCUCAGAGAGCGGCAGAAACAGGCCCAUGUCAUUCUUGCGGCAUCGCAAAUAAAUAUGGACAUGGGGGAUGGCGGUCGCUGUGCAUCGAGACGUCGCGGCUCGACAAGCCAACAGCAUCACAGGUGUACGGCUGGCAAACCCAGCAGUUUGGCUGGCAAUCUCACCAGCGACAUGAGUGACUUCACUCGAUCGUUUGCAUCGAAUCUCUCCUAUAAUAUAGCCUCUAACUUGACAGGUCGUUCUCAAGCCCAUUUUCCUACCAAAGAGAGCUCCCAGCAAAAUCUCGGGUCCAAUUUAAGAAGAGCGUCCGUUGAUUGUAAUUUUGGGAAUGCAAGCCCGAAAAAUUCGUCAAGCGACCCAAAGCCGCUGACGAUGAACCAUCUCUUGAGAGGCAAGACGGCUCUUACGUCCAAAACCAAGAGAGUGGUUGCCAGAGGCCUGGUAGCUGUGCCACCUGUUCCUAAGAAGGUGGACCGCAAAAGACGAAUGACGACGAUCAUCUCCCCUCACCACAUCCAGCCCCCCACAGUCUACACUUACCCUGGACCCGUUCGCCCACUAGUCGCAAAAUCAGACUCUCGUCAGCUUCCACGCUGCACCCCAAGGGGCGACCCUGACCUGCCAAUCUCACCAUCCGUCCACUCGCGCCUCUCUGCCGCUGGCCACCCAUGCCCGCCCAUAACAAUUCCCGCUAUCGGAGACCACACAACGGCUGUUCCGGGCCCCGAGCCGGAGACUCUGCUGUGGAAGGACGCCAACCGAACUCGCCGAGCCUCGCUACCGCCAGGCGUCAAGCUGCUCGAUGGCACCAAUAGAGCCAACAGCUUACCUGAUACUGUUGGAGAGGAGGGGAGCUUGGGUUCUACCAGCGACAGCACAUCCACGGAGCUUUGCGACGACGACGACUACAAGGACGUGCCUGAGCUGCCCAUGGACGCCGUCACCCCACGGGGCACCCCACCACCGGGCGACCGGUCCCCCAGGGCUGUCGAAACUGCCCCGGGGAUUCUGUACUGCAAGAAUAAUAUUGUCACCGCUGAUAUUCAUACUUCAGUCACCAACACAUUCGAUUUUAAAUUGCACAACAAUUUUGAAUCGAAAAAUGAUGCUAUGAGUGUUGAACAAGCGAAAAAAUUUCCCCAUACAGAAGAAGUGAGGAACGUGAUAAGUGAAGUAAAAGCCCGUAAAAAAUCUAAAGAGCUGAGUGCGGACCAUGUAGCCAAACAAAAUGAAGUUGAAGCCUCGAGUUCUACGAAUUUCCCUGAAGAUAAAAAUUUCAAUGAUUAUCAAGCAGAUCGUGUGCUCUCGCCAUCUGAUGAAGUUUUACUGAAUACUGCCGAUGAAAAAAUGAAAAGAAUAAAUGAUACCACAACUCAAAUCGUGAUCCAUGAAUCUGCUAAGAACGAAUAUUGCAUAGAUGCAUGUAUUGUAAUUCCCAUCGCAACCAAAUCUGGAAUUCAAAUGAAGAACCACGACUCAAGUUUUCACGAGACUUUUGAUGCCCAACUUGUAGACGAGGAACGAGACCGCGGUCUCCCUUUGUCCAAUGCACUUGGCGUAGGUAUCGAGACGACCGAGCUGAAAAACAUGGAGGAGCAAGCUGAAGUUGGAAAGUUAAGGAUCGAAGGAAACAAUUUUGUGCCCACAAUCAAGGCACAUUCUGAUCCCAACUCUCCUCAACCCAGAGAUUUGAGUUCCUCGUCAGAUUUCGUCAACUGCUCCGCUAUGCACUUGCAUCCUCUUGCGUCCCAAGAGCUUUAUGUAAUGGAAAUUUCAACACCAGUAGCUUCACCAUCACCCAGUCCUACUUUCUCCAAGUCAAGUUUUGCACUUAACUCUCAGUUUCUGCGGUCGUUAAGCGCCAGCACUCAAGAGUUGUUGAACAGCCUUGUGGUCUCAUCAUCACUUGAUGUCGAAAACCCAUCUUGUCAUAAUCCGGCAGAAUUAUUUCCUAAAGAAGAGACUCAAGAAUCAAGAGAACUCGAGUUGGCAUUGCCAACGUUGGCUCCGAGCACUACAAGGGCAAUCUGCAAGCUCUUUAGCGCUGCUGGCGAGCUUAAAGCUUUGUCACCGCAAAAGGAAUGUUUGGACCUAACGCUCAUCGAACGCGACGUCCUGGCGUCACCGAAGGAAUUGGCUCCUCAAAAUCAGAUCGAAGACUCCAUUCAGAAUGAAGUAAUUGUCGAACUAACCAAAUUUUCUGAGCACAACGAUUUCGAAGAUGACGACAUAGUGAGACAUGAAAGAGCUCUGAAUGAUAUUCUUGCUCCAAAACAUAUUGCUGAUUUGCCAACGGUGUACAACCGCACUCAGUCUCUUCAGGAUUCGCAGAAUGACGAUAUUUUCUGUGAGGUUCCCACUCUCCAGGAGCUGGCAAGUGCCAGUCUUCCAUCAUCGCGUCCAGUGUCGAGUGCAAUCAUAUCUUUUGGCGUGGAAGAUCACACCAUCAUAGAGCGAACACACCUCAAAAGAAACAAUAAGAUCCGACUGUAA